AUGAAGCUUGCAGCUCCGCGGCGGAGAGGCUGUGAACCGGUCUGCGGCGACCUGGAUACGGCCGGACGUAAUAGGACAUGGGGAUUGGACCGGGUCGCCCUGACUGCCGGAGAUCGUGACAACAUCCUCAACCCUUCCACGGCUCGAGAUGCAAAUAUCAGGAGCUUGUACCUGAAAGAAAUUGUCUUGCCACUGGAGAGCUUUUGCCAGGAAAACUCGCGCCAAGCCGCAUGCCCAUCAGAAAUUCCGCAGCUCCUAUUGGCUGUUCAACAUCUGCCGUGCUUCACUGAUCGUCUCGCGCAGGAGGUGCAGUUGGCUGUAGAUGAAGCCCGCGUUGAGCGGGUCACCGGUCCAGGUGCUUACAUCGACAAUGUCGAGACUUUGAUUGACCAAGUUUUUGACUGA